AUGACGCAAAUUAAAUUCGGAAUCUUUAAUUAUCUGUUAAAUGAUGAAAAUCAUGAAGCUGUUUUCGGAAGAAUUAAUAAUACGAAAGUUAAUGAUAAUUCUGCCAAUAAGAACGCAUUUAAUAACACUGCAUUUACUAGUUAUGAUAUUGUAAUUCCUCCAACAAUCUUUUAUAACAAUUCAUAUUAUUUUGUGAAAAGGAUUGGUGUUUGUGCAUUCAGAUUCUCUAUGAUUACAUCAUUAAGAGUUGGUAAAUUUGUUGAAGAAAUUCAAUAUAGAUCUGUUGAUUGGUGUUCAUAUCUCAAAAAGAUCGAAUUUGAUCGAGAAUCUGCAUUGACUAAAAUUGAUAAUAGUUUUGCCGUAAAUACAACAAUAACUAAAAUAACUAUACCUUCUGGUGUUAACAUUAUCAAUCAAUAUAUUUUUGAUCAUGUUAUCAAACUUAAAACUGUUUUUUAUGGCGGGUCAGGAGUAAAUUGUAAAUCUGAUUUAAAUACUUCAUCGAUCUCGAAUAUUUAUGUUUUACCUAAUUUCCAGAAUGAAACAUUUUGUAAUCAUUUUGUCACUGUUAUGACUGAAUUUCCUGAUGAAAAAACUCCAUCCAGAAUUAACGAUAUUAAAUGUCUUCAUUCAUUUUCAUAUUCAUAUCUUUUUGUUUUCAUUCUAUUAUAA